AUGGCCGCCGCAAAACUCGACACAUCCCUCCCGUCGCUGCUGUCGAACCUCACGGCGUCGCUCACCUCCGCCGCCGAACCGGUGCCCUCCCUCAACAACAACAGCGCGGAUGGCGACGACGACAAUGACGCGUCCUCCUUCUCGCCGCUCCUGCCCAAAGACGGCAUCUCGCUGCUAGACGUCAAAAACGAGCUGCUGCUGUCGUACCUGCAGAACCUGGUCUUCCUGAUCCUGCUGAAGCUGCGGAACAACAAGGCGACGUCCGACAGCGGCAACAAAGACGAGGGGGACAAGGAGAAUGUCGAAGACGUCGUCAAGAAGCUGUGCGAGCUCCGGCUGUACCUGGAGAAGGGCGCGCGGCCGCUCGAGGGCAAGCUCAAGUACCAGAUCGACAAGGUGGUGCGGGCGGCAGACGACGCGGCGAGGGCGGAGGAGGAGGCGCUCAAGAAGUCGAAGUCGUCGUCGUCGUCGACGGGCAAGAAGAAGAAGACGGCGGCGGAGGACGACGGCAGCGGCAGCGACUCCGACGCAGCCUCAGACUCGGCCUCCGACUCCGACCCCGCCGCCUCGGCCUCCGACAUCGACGAGCUCGCCUACCGCCCCAACCCCCUCGGCUUCGCGCGCCGCAACGGCGGCAGCAGCAGCAGCGCCCGAAACAACGACGCCGCCGGCUCCGCCGCCGACAAGCAGAGUCGCCGCAAGAAGGGCGAGGACGACGCUUCGGCGAUCUACCGCCCCCCCCGCAUCACCGCCACCUCCAUGCCCUCCGACCUCCCCCGCCACGGCAGAGAAAAACAACAAGAAGACGACCGCCGCCACCCCCGCCGCGCCGGCGCCAUCGACGACUUCGUCGCCGAGCACCUCUCGGCCGCGCCCGUCGCGCAGCCCAGCAUCGGCUCCAACGUCGUCGACGGCGGGCGGCGCGUCGCGUCGGCGCGCGACCGCGCCGCCGAGGCCGAGCGCCGCGCGUACGAGGAGACGAAUUUCGUGCGCCUGCCCGCGGUCGGGAAGAAGGAGCGGGCGAAGGCGAAGGCGGCGCGGGAUCGCGGUCGCAGCGAGUAUGGUGGGGAGGAGUGGCGGGAGUUGGGGGCGGGGGUGGAGAGGAUCGAUCGGCUUACGAGGAAGGGGGGGGAGAGGGGGGGGUCGACGAGGGGGGCGUUGGAGAGGAGUAGGAAGAGGGCGGUGGAGGAUGGGCCGAGGGGGGAUGGUGGCGGUGGGGCGGAGGCGGGGGCUAUGUUUGCGAAGAGGAGGAAGGUGGUGAAUAGGAGGAGGUAG